GGGCCUCGGUCAAGAUAGGGUUUCUUCACCUCAUGGUCAUGUAUUAUUCAGCCCGGGAGGCCAAUCACCUGGAGAGAGUCACACACACACACAGAAAACAAAAAGGGAAGUGUCUGAGGUGACAGAGGACACAAAGAGGAAGGCUGGCGGAGGAUGCAAGAGGUGGUGAAGAAACGGCCGAUAAUCUCAGCUCGAGAAAGAGGCCCGGGCCCUGGACGCUACGCUCUGCCCCCUACAGUCGGAUACAUCAACCAUGACUACACCAAGCCCAGCAGCCCGGCCUACACCUUCCACAGCCGGAUGAGCAGCGCCAUGGUCUCUGUGGACUCCAGCCCAGGACCGAGGUACCACAUCGACUCCAAGGUCACCCGCUUCGGCCGAAUGGAAACCCCCUCCUACUCGAUCCUCGGCAGAGGAAGGCGAGCAGGGAAUAAAGGUGAGGUGUUCCAGACUCCGGGGCCGGGGGCCUACAGCCCGGAGAGAGCUCCGCCUGUCAAUGGCCACCACAGACCUCCAUCCUACACCAUCGGCUCCCGCACCAGAUAUCGCUCUGUAGACCCUGUUCCAGCACCAAACAGCUACAAUCUCCCAAAUCUUCUGGGCUGCCAUGUUCCUAAUAAACCCUCCAGCGCCGGUUUCAGCUUCUCAGCCCGGAGGAAGGUCGGCGCUCCGUCAGAAGACCUCUCCAUGAGCCCCGGACCGGCAAAAUACAACACCAUCAACCCGGACGUUUACCUCCAGCGCCAGCCCUCCUUCUCCAUGCAGAGCCGGACUAAGAGGCCCAAUUAUUCCUCUGCUAUUCCCGGGCCUGGCACUUACAGCCCAGAGAAGUCCUACGUGCACCUCCCCAAGCCUCCGUCCUACACUAUCGGUGUCCGACACUCUGAGUUUGUCACCCCGCUCGUGGUGGACAUAGUCGACUGACGGAUUCAAGACAAACAAAUUUUUAUUCUGUUUUUCAUACAAACAUGGAGCUGCCACACAAUGAUGAAAAAAAAAAAGAUUACAGUGUGUUUUAAAAUGGAUCAUAAACCAACAUUAAUAAAAACGUGUUACCAAAAAGUA